CCCAGCACACCCUGGCCCUCACGUUUCCCUUCCCUUCCCCUCGUCGAGCGAGCGCGACGCGCGCCGCACAAUGGCCGCCCCCGACCUGAAGGAUCGCCAGCAACAAGCUCCGGUGCCGGCGCCAGUUCCAGCGGCCUCACAGAGCCACAAGGCGUACAAGGGCUUUGUGGCCGGCAUCUUCUCUGGGAUUGCGAAACUUGCCGUCGGCCACCCGUUCGACACGAUCAAAGUACGCCUGCAGACGACGGACGCGUCGCGCUUCACGGGGCCGCUGCAGUGCGUCGCACAAACACUGCGCAACGAGGGCGUGGUGGGCCUGUACAAGGGGGCGACGCCGCCGCUGGUGGGCUGGAUGUUCAUGGACAGCGUGAUGCUGGGGUCACUCUCAGUCUACCGGCGGCUCGUGCGCGAGCACCUGUUCAACCCGCCGGGGCACCCACUGCACGACCCGGCGCGACCUUUACCAGCCCAUGGCCACGGGAUCGCGGGGGUCAUGGCGGGCGCGACGGUGAGCUUCGUGGCGGCGCCGGUCGAGCACAUCAAGGCGCGGCUGCAGAUCCAGUACUCGGCCAAGAAGGCCGACCGGCUGUACAGCGGGCCGGUCGACGCCGUGCGGAAGAUCUACCGGCACCACGGCGUGAGGGGCGUGUACCACGGGCUGGGCGCGACGCUGCUGUUCCGCAGCUUCUUCUUCUUCUGGUGGGGCAGUUAUGAUGUUUUCUCGCGCGUGCUGGCCACCAAGACGAGCCUCAGCGCCCCGGCCAUCAACUUCUGGGCCGGCGGGCUGAGCGCCCAGGUCUUCUGGACUAUGAGUUAUCCCUGCGACGUGGUCAAGCAGCGCAUCAUGACUGAUCCCCUGGGCGGCGGCCUGAAAGAUGGCGUCCAGCGGUUCUCAAGAUGGAAGGACGCUGCCAAGGCCGUGUACAAGGAGGGAGGUGCCAAAGGUUACUGGCGCGGCUUCUUGCCCUGCUUCCUACGGGCUUUCCCAGCCAAUGCCAUGGCGCUGGUCGCGUUUGAAGCGGCAAUGCGCGCUCUGCCAGAAUAGAGAGACACGACAUAUAGACUAGACGACUUCCUUAGACCGUUCAUGGUUUUGUUUAUAGCAUAUAUUAUACCCGGGUCGACAUCGACAAGUUCAGAGACAA